GUUGCCCGCAGAGUCCCCAGACAAGCCCGAUUUCUGCAGAGGCUGGAAACCAGACCCCGAAUGUCUGAAUUCUCCGUGAGGUCCACGAUCAUCUCCCGCUAUGCUUUCACCACCGUCUCCUGCACCUUGGUGAACAGUGGCUCGGAGGACAGGGAAGGCAUCUUUGAAAUGCAGAUACCGUCCGCGAAUGCCGUUCACACUAAUUUUACCGUAUGGUCGUUGGUGACAAAGUGCACCAUGGCGAAGUUAUUGGCAAAGAUAAACAGCUUGGAGAAGCAGCAAGGCACCACAGAUAUUCAAGGCCCAAGGAUGAUAGAGAAAAUGGAGUCGAGACGUUCAAGGCAUCUGGAAACAUUCCCAGGAAAGGGCAGGCUGAGUUCCUGCUCCAUUAUGAAGAACUCCUGCAAAGACGUCUGGGGAAGUAUCAAUACACCCUAAGCGUCCGGCCCCAACAGCUGGUGGGGCGCUUGCGCGUGGAGGUGAACAUCCUCGAAAACUCGGGAAUCGUGUCCCUGGAAGUUCCACCGCUCCAAAGCAGCCGGAGCAGAGGCGGCGGGAACGGCGCAGAGGAUGUCUCCCCGCCCCCUUCAACCGUGAUCGGCCAGACCAAAACCCUAGCCAAGGUGACGUUCAGUCCCAGCGUGGUCCAGCAAGCCAAGAUUGCACGGAAUGGCAUUCUGGGAGAUUUUAUUGUCCGGUACGAUGUCAACAGGGAGCUGAGUGUCGGGGAUGUGCAGGUUCUGAACGGAUACUUUGUGCACUAUUUCGCUCCUAAAGAUCUUCCUCCGCUCCCGAAGAAUGUGGUGUUUGUGCUGGACAGCAGCGCUUCCAUGGUGGGGACCAAACUGCGGCAGACCAAGGAUGCCCUGUUCACCAUUCUCCAGGACCUACGGCCUGAAGAUCACUUCAACAUCAUUGGCUUCUCCAACCGAAUCAAGGUCUGGCAACAAGACCGCCUGGUACCCGUGACCCCUGACAAUAUUAGGGAUGCAAAGAUCUACAUCCACCACAUGUCGCCUACAGGAGGUACAAACAUAAAUGGGGCCCUCCAGAUCAGCACGAAAAUCCUUAAUGACUACAUAUCCCAGAGCGAUAUUGAUGCCCGAAGCGCCUCUCUAAUUAUCUUCUUGACUGACGGGCGCCCCACAGUCGGGGAGACUCACUCCACCAAGAUUGUCAACAACACCAAGGCAGCCAUCCGCAACAAGUUCUGCCUCUUCACCAUUGGCAUCGGCCAUGAUGUUGACUACAAACUGCUGGAGAGGCUGGCGCUGGAGAACUGUGGGAUGAUGCGACGCAUCCAGGAAGACGAGGAUGCCGCAGGGCAGCUGAAAGGAUUCUACGACGAGAUUGGGACACCCCUUCUCUCUGAUAUCCGGGUUGACUACCCAGUGGGCAGCGUGGAGCACGUUACCCAGAACCUCUUCUCCAACUACUUCAAUGGGUCCGAAAUUGUCAUUGCGGGGAAGCUCCUCAACCACACGGCCAACAGCCUCCACGUGGAAGUGACCGCCAGCAACACCAAGAAGUACAUCUUGCUAAAAACUGACGUGCCUGUCGAUCUCCCAAGCCAGAACCACAUCGGCAGCGCUUCCAAUGGCAUCGAAGACCCCACCGGUGAUCAGAACUAUGUGGAACGGGCCUGGAGUUACCUCACCAUCAAGGAGCUUGUCACUUCCUGGUUGAAGAGCGAUGACUCUGAGGAGAGGGAGCACCUCCGAGAACGAGCUGAGAAAUUGGCCCUCACCUACAACUUUGUCACUCCUUUUACCACUUUGAAGGUGAAGGAGCUUGGGGUGCAGACAGAGGUGCCAUCGGGGGUCUAUAUUGACCCAUCCACUGGUGGUUUGGAGGAGAGUAUGCAAGGGCUGAAGGGUCCUGAGGCACCAGCAGGUUCAAUCCCCGGAAAACUGGGAAAAGAAAGAAUUAAAGCCUCAAAAACAUCGGCGGAUGGGGACCCGCACUUUGUCGUCGAUUUUCCCUUGAGCAAGCUAACCGUCUGCUUCAACAUCGACGGGCAGCCUGGGGAUAUUCUCAGGCUGGUAUCCGAUCAUAAGAAUUCCGGAGUGACAGUGAAUGGUCAGCUGAUCGGAGCCCCAGCACCACCCAAUGGCCAUAAGAAGCAUAGGACCUACUUCAGAAGUAUCACCGUUCUCAGCAACAAGCCAGACAGAGCCUACCUGGAGAUCACACCAACCAAGGUCAUCUUGGACGAUGGGGAGAGACUUGUCUUGUCCUGCGACCGCAGUGCUGUCGUGGGAACCCAGAACCUUGAGGUGUCCAUCUUUGCCCGUUCCAACGUGACCGUCAUGAUCCAGAACACCAUUGCUUUUGUCAUUCUGAUCCACCAUUACAAGAAUCCUGCUCCCUACCAGAAAGACCACUUAGGGUUCUACAUCUCUAAUGGCCAAGGGCUUUCCUCCAGCUCACAUGGGCUGCUAGGUCAGUUCUUACACCAGGUGGUAAACCUUACCAAGGAGCCUCAUGGCCAAAGUCCUCAUCUGAGCGGCUGGAACCAAACAAAAAGUAUGGACACCAGCAACAUAUUGCAGCUGAAAGGGCGUCUGGUUCCCGUGGUGUGGAAGCAGAGGAAAAUCUACAAUGGCGAGCAGGAAGUUGAUUGCUGGUUUGCCAAGAACAAUGCGGACAAGCUGAUCGACGGAGCCUACAAGGAUUAUCUAGCUGCUCACCCUUUUGACACUGGGACAAGCCGCUCGAUGGGGAACAGACUUUAAAGAAAGAGGAAAUCCUGGGCGGGGCGAUGCAGGUGGAAGAAGUUACUCCAGAGGAGACUCUUGCACUUUUGCCAGCUCUUUGUGAUGCCAAAGAAGGAACCGACGCUGUUCUCUUCACAAGGCUGCUGGCCUGUUUGUUGUCUUAACAAUAGACACUUUCACGAUGAAACUCUGGGCCUUUCCCCACUUACCUUAAGGAGAGUAGCGCGGGGUCCCCCGGCACUCCCCACGCAGGGGCGGCAACAGCGCAGCCGCCCCGACGCUGCCGCUGCCGCUGCCGCUC